CCAAGCGGUACACCUGUAACCAUGACAACCACCGUCCUCAUGGUAACAUAGCCGCUUUUGAUCACGUGCUCACCGGAUUGUAAACAGCAACGGUGCGAAUUUACCUUUAGCCAAGAUGCUAACCUCAGAUAUUCUGACGUGUAUGACAGUUAUUAAAAAUAUGCUUGUAUACGACCUGUACUGUUUAUCCCGUGCACUGAGAGCGGACUAGCGGGAAGAGUUAAGAGUUCUGGAAGCACGAAGACAGCUCUGGUGUUGCUAACUAGCGGACUAGCCAAGAGGCUGGAUGGGAAAGUGGCUUGCAGUGGAAUGUAGCUGGGAUUAAAAUGGGAACCAGCGCCUCCAUAUCACUGUGUCGAGGUCCAGCCUCGGUGAAGGUGCUGAAACGGCACACUCGUGUAGAACCCGAGCAGCAGACUCAGGACCCAGACACUCAGGCUGUAUUUGGAGUGUCUCUGCAGCGUCUGAGAGAUGCUGGACGGCUACAGCAGGGAGUCCCUCUGGUGCUCAAGAGCAUGGUGGAGUUUUUGGAGAAACAUGGUCUGCAGCAGAGUGGUGUGUUCAGGGUGUGUGGUUCUGUGCCACGCUGCAGGACGUUGCGUGUGUGUCUGGACCGUGGUGAACAUGUGGAUCUGGAGAGAGUGGACAUUCCAACGGUUGCCGCUCUGCUCAAGCUGUAUCUACGAGAACUGCCAAGUGGACUCAUACCACACACACACAGCAAGCACAUGCAGCAGGCACUCAGGGACUCUAAAGAUAGAACAGAGCUGGUUGCAGCUCUGAAGGAAUCCCUGCAUCGUCUCCCUGACGACAAUUACAACAUCCUGUCUUACCUUCUUCACUUCCUAUCUCGAGUGGCUGCCCACAGCCAGUGGAAUCACAUGACCUCUGAGAACCUGGCCACAGUGUUCGGCCCGUGUAUAUUCCGGGUCCCUGAAGGCCCGAGGAUGCUGGAGGAGCAGAGCAUGUGCAACACUCUUACUCUGCACCUCCUGGAGAAACACACACACCUGAUCCCACACACAACUCACACACAUUCACACAACAGAAGCCAUACACACACCGGGAGCUCUGUGUUGUCUCGUCCUCUUCUUAAUGACAUAUUACAAGUACAGCAGAAGGAGUCUAAUACCUCAGAGAUGGUGUGUGAUGCCACUGUGGGUGUGGCUAAACAAACAAGUGCCCUCCCACCAGCUGGAGCAGACACACGCCCACUCUCCAGAAGGUUCAUCUCUAAACUCGACCUGGAUGAGAGGAGAGGAAGUGUGAGGCGAGGGACUGGGGCAGAGAAAAAGGAGAACGCUGGACAUACAAAGAGUCAUCCUGAACAGGAAUCGUGCCUAAUUCAGAAGGAUCAGUCCUGCCUCCCAGACUCACACAUGAACCUCGCUCCACAACGCCCUGCUCCAGACAGCAGCCACACAGACGGUGACACACACUCCGAUAGCAGCGACGAGACGCAUCGCAAGACCAGACACACACACAGCCAGAAGGACACACCGUCUAACACGAGCCACACACACUCUCUGUGUGGUGAGACCCAAACUGAGAUCCGAAGCUCACACUCUGAGCCUGGGAGCACACACACCGAGGCCAGGGUCUCACACAGCAAACAUGUACCCUCAGAUUAUAGCUGCACACACUCCCAGACUCCUGACACACACUCUGCCAGGCUGACGGUGGCGGACAUCAACUCAGCAUCUAGCUGCUACGUCAGUGCUUCUCCCACUUCCCCUGUUCAGCCUCCUGUCACAAGCCAGGCUCAGACUCUAAGCAAUGGACAAGACUCCGCCCCUUGUGCAACCUCCAGCCAAUCACAUGUCAUAGAGGAUGGUGCAGACUGUCCCCACGAGAUGUCGACCUCACAGGUGCGUCAGCGUAUCCAGAAGCUCAAGCGAGCAAUCAGGAGUUUCGAUGAAUCCUUCCAGAAUAUCCACAGCUACAAGGCUUCUGUCAGUGAUAAAGCGUCUCAUCCUGAAGUGCUGAAGCUCAUGACGGACCUCAGUAAAGCCCGCAAGCAGCUGAACAAGCUGAGAUCUGGACACGCCUCGGAAAAACACGCUGUGUGUUCAUACACACCUGCUCUGGAGGACACGGUGCACACCUUAACUCAGAGGCUUAAAGAGAAAAGACUGGAACUGAACCUACCAGAACGCAUACAGGAUAUGUCACACACUCAGCUAGCUCUGGAGAAGACAACACUGCAGAAGUGUCUUCUUUACUACGAGAGUCUUCACGGCAGGCCGAGUUCUAAAGAGGAGAGAAGUGUAAUGAAAGAGCUAUAUAACCGCUACCAUCUAGUGAAGCAGGCCUUCUACAGCGCAAACACACAGACCAGUACCACUAGAGGCUCAGAUGAGUGUGUCCAUGUGAAUCCUGUGCCAAGAAAAGAGGACACUAAUAUUUUCUUCAUCACCCAGAUGGUCACGCAAACAACAGAUUCCUCAAAUGAUACACACUUAGUUAACAGGGUGAAGCUAUCGAGGCAGCUGAAACAGACAAGGAUGGAGAAAAGGCAACUGAGAACAGUUCUCAAAGAGUACGAGAAGAACUUUCUCAUAAAGAAUGGCAGGAACGCACAGAGAGAGGACUGUCUCGUCAUGGCGGAGGAAUACGAGCGCUACGAUGCUCUGAAGGACAGGCUCAGGCUGCUGAAAGGGAUGCUGGGAAAAAAAACACGACCUCGGAGAUAGACUCGCCGUCUGACACGCCCAUGAUCACGUGUAUGUCCUAGUGAGUGGAACGUGUAUACGUGUAGGGGCCGGAUCACGUGCCAUGCGUUGCGCAAAAAUCACUGGUGCAUUUACGGUUAUUUUUUUUAGAAAAAUCAUUUUGAAAUAUUUGUGACAAAAAAAAAAAAUUGUGGUCAUGCACCUUUGUAUCAAAAUAUAGCACUUUAUAUUCAGCUGCAAUUUGUUUUAUUUUUUAUUUUGGAUUAAACUAGAUGCACAAAUACAAGUAUACAAGCUCUAAUUUCACAGUGAGAACAGGUAGAGAGAGAGAGAGAGAGAGUGGGGGAUAAACGAGGAUAUGGCGCCCGUCCCUAAUUAACGUAGGUCUGUUUUAAUGCAGUCUAUCUGUCUUUCUGCACUGUCUAUGAGGGAGGAACUAACAGGCGCCGUAAAAAAUAUCUGGAGUUUUAUAUUUAUCCAAAAGACGUCGAUUCGUGGCGCAAACGCUUCCGAGGAAAAUAAUCGACGCUCAGAAGAAGCUGAGAGCCGGUUUCUCCUAGAGGAUUAUGGGUAAUAUUGUAUGCACUGGCGCUUCCAGUGGCCGCAAUGCCAUUAUUUUUAGAGCCGAUUCAAAUGGUUUAGCAAUAAUUUACACUACGUCUAUAAUAAAAGUAAUAAGACUGUACAGUUAAGGCUGGACACAGCUAUUUUUUUUUGUUAAUUAUUUAUUAUUCAACAAACUUUUCUUUCUUUUUUCUUUCUUUUGCUUCUUCUCUGUGAGGAGAUCUGAUUUCUUUCUCACUCGCUUGCAUUGAUAUUCGCUUUCUUCAGCCAGCUCUGGAGACCCGACGGAUCGAUUUCAUAUAUAUUAAAGGAUUUUAAUUCUUUUUUUUUUUUCUCACCGUAUGUCCUUUGGCAUACAAGAGCACAGUUUCGAGGGUUUGCAAACGUAAACAUAAACAUAAACACGCGUCACUAUGAACAUGCGCAAUAAUCAAUGGAUGGCCAAUACGACAUCUCUUUCACACACACACACACACACUUGCACACAGACGCUAAAGUACAAUACACACGCUGCUCUUUCUCAAAAAAUGUAAAAUAAUAUAAAAUAAAAAUGAACAAACUGACUCAAAAGUGGUUAAAGGAGAGCUGCAGGGAGAUCAGUGUGUAUAAAAUAGAGGAGGAACUCUAAAAUGUCAGUAAAUGAUAAAUGAUGAACUGAUGCUUGAAUUAAAUGACAGAACUGUGGAAAGGGAAGGAAAAGUUUAAAAAAAAACGGAAAGGUAAAGGACAAGGAGGAGAGGAAAAGGAAAAAGAAGAAGAGGGGAGAGGAAAGGAGAGGAAAAGGACGAGGAAAAAAGGAAAGGAGAGGAGAGGAGAGGAAAAUUUAAAAAAAAAAAAAAAAGGAUAGGAAGAGGAGAGGAAAGGAAAAGGAAAGGAAAGGGAAAAGGAAAGAGGAGAGGAAAAUGACCAGGCAAAAGGAGAGGAGAGGAGAGGAGAGGAGAGGAGA